UUGAUUCAUCGUUCUAAAAACAAUAUUCCGUGCUUUUGCAGGCCAUCGAUUGAGAUUCAAGAGCCAGCAUCGGACAUUCGUGACGACGUCAUCGAAGUUGCUGGAUCGAGAGACAAUCUGAGCACUGGCGAAAGGACUGUGGAUGCAGCUAGCCCACCACAAGUUGAAGCAUUGGAACCGGUUGCUGAACUGCCGCAUUCGCCAGCACCUUCAGCAAAGUCAACACCUCAUACGACACCGAAAACAAGCAUGAAAUUCAAGAAGGAUGGUAAAGAAGGCAAGCCGUUUGAAUUUGGCAAGAGCAAGUUCACAUCGAAACAUGAAGUAGUCAAACGAGGAAAGGAUGUUGAAGUAAAAUUGGAAAAUCUCAAACUUUCAAAAGAAGAUACGCUUCGCGUUGUUGUUCUGCCCCCUAUGCGCGGACAAGCUGCUGCAUCUGGUACUCAGCCAGAGCUUGAAACAAAGGUGAAAAAGAGCGGCAGCAAAUAUGAGAUCUCAUUCAGACCAACAGAAGUUGGAACUCAUAAAGUGCUUGCUUAUGUAAAUGAGAUCCAGCAUCCACUUUCACCUUUCCCAAUUCGUGUCUAUGAUUCUUCGGAGAUCAUCGUCGGCGAAAUACCCGCCCGGUCGAAUCUGAAUGACACAGUCGAAUUUACCGUGGAUGCCGGUCGAGCAGGAUUUGGCAAUCUCGAAAUGGCCAUAAAAGAUGCUGACGGUGUGAUCAUUCCAUCACAUGUAGCCCAGCUUGAAAGUGGUACAGCCAAGUUCCUCGUCACGUUUACCCCAACAUCUCGAGGACAGCACACUGUCAACAUUACUUUCAAUAAGGAGGUGCUCAAAAACUCGCCAUUCGAAGUGCUAAUUACCGAUCCUCCUGCACCGCUGACGGAAACAAUGACAGAAACAGCGUCGGCUUCACCUUCUCUUUCUAAGAAGGAUACGAAAAGGGAGAAGGAAGAUAAGAAGAAAGAGGAGAAGGAGCGUGCAAAGCGCGAGAAGGAGGAGAAGGCGGCC